AUGGAUGUGGUUAAUAGGGGUUUGAAUAAUCGCAAUCGAUCGGUGUCAGAGCUCGCAUCCACCGAAGGUGACCUCACGUUGCAGCAUAUUUUGACUCGAAAGCAAGAUCGGAUUUUGAAUCGCAUGUCUUUAUUGGAGAAGGUCGCUCGGUGCUUACGCGACGCCAAGCUAACCAUAAACGCCGAAAAGAGCAAAUUCUGCUACAGAGAGGUACGCUACUUGGGAUACGUGGUAGGUGACGGCUGUAUCCGCACAGACACCAGCAAGGUAGCAGCUAUGAAGGAGUUUCCCCAACCGAAACCCCCAGAGCAAUUCAGGCGAUUUUUGGGCAUGACCGGAUGGUACCGGAGGUUCAUCUACAAUUACGCGACGAUUGCAGCGCCACUACACGACUGCUUGGCCAAGGGAAAAAUAAAGAAGUUCAAUAUGACGGAAGAGGCAGUUACAGC